AUGCCGGGGACGACGAGGACAUGGCUGGUGGUCGCGACGGUGCUCGUGGCCGCCACGGUGGCGACGGCGAACGUGGAGACGGGUGAGUUGGGGGAGUACUAUAUGAAGCGCUCGCAGGAGGCCCGGUUCCGGCGAGGCGGCCCCCUCCAUGACAUCAUCAGCGCCGCUCAUCGCUACCACCAGAACCUCUUCAGUUCCAGGUACGGCUCAGGCCGGCGGUACCUCCUGGAGGAGGGAGGAGCAGCAGCCGGCGCGGAAGCCCCCGCCGACUCUACCGGCGAUGCUACUCCUAUCCACAAUACGCUCAGGGAUCACGAAAUGAUGGGCGCAUAACUUAUACUGAUUGAUUUCUUAUUAUUUGCGUGCGUACAUGUAUGUGUGUAUCUGUUACUGCACAAGUUGUUGACCUUUUUUCUUCUUUUCCUUUUGCUAUUAUAGCUGCUUCUCUGCGGAACCAAUAUGGUCCACGCAUCAAACCUCUGCAAAACAUGUGUAUAAAUGUAAGCACUGAUUAUUUCGUAACCUUUUUUUAACACAGUUUGUAACUGCUUUCUGGCGGGAGAUUAAUUUGUAACUAAGUAGUAAUGUAAUCAUAUUUUGUACGGAAAUCUGUUGGUGCUCCAAACAAAAAU